GGCAAGGUCCCCCUUUGAAUUCAGUAAAAACUCCAGCUCCCAAAACCUGUUCACUCUCUUGGCCCACCAAGCUGUUGUCAUCACGCCAACGAGGAACAAGACCCUGCCAGAUUUGAAAGAAAUGGGACACUUGCCUUACCAACAAGGGGGUCUCAGCUUGAGGCCAAUGGAAGACGCCAAAGGCAGAUCACUCAGCACUGGCCGCCUCACCGACCUGCUUCUGAAAGCUGCUUUUGGGGAAAAUGGCAAUAAUGAUAGCCUCAACAACGAGAAGCCCAUGGAGAUAACAGCUCCUUCCAUGGGUUGUGGAGGAAUCCUUCACUCGGGGGCCAGAGAAGGUGGCUCAGGAAGCCCUUCACCAGUGGUCUUCACCGUUGGGUCACCUCCUGCUGGGACAACACCACCGCAAACCACCCGAACCAGAAUGUAUUCAGUCGGAUCCUCAAGCUCUCUUAGUUCCGGAGGAUCUUUCAGUGGGCGCCACUUCAUUAUGGGAGCCGGUGGGGAAAUCCUUGAAGCUCCAUCAGGGCUCAGAUAUACUUUGGCUGACCCAAUUGCUGCCAACCUGGAAGGAGCCGUCACUUUUGAGGCACCUGAGCUACCAGAGGAGACCCUCAUGGAA